GAAAAAUUUUGGCUAAAUUUGGGAAGGUUCAUCAAGCACAUGGGGCAAUUUUGCAUAGUAUCGCUGCUUUAUAUAACAGUACCGUAUCUAUCCUCAGCUCACCAUUGCUGGAUUUUAUUGGGAAGGAAAUAAAAGGAGAUGUAUUUGGUCUUGAUCGUGCAAGAAUAUUAUACAACUUGUGCAAGUUGAGUCUUCAAACUCACCACUCCAGGUCUGUUUUAUGUGAUUUAUCACAUAUUUCAUUUCAACAGCUGAUUUCAUGGUUAACAUUGGCUUUCGUACUCAGCAGAGAUGCUCCAAUACUAUGUCGUAAGAUUUCAAGGUUGCUUGCUGUGUUAUACUUGGUCUCUUCUGUACGGUCUAAGUUCUCAUUUCCCAGUGAGGGAGAACUUUCAUUAAGUCAUUGGGUUACAUAUUAUCAUCAAGCCUCUCUUGGUGCUAACACCAACUACUACUUCUUGUCAAAAUUUAUCAAAUCAGGACGCAACUCAGAUAAAGAGGCUUCUGAAGAAUUCGACUUCCUCAGGCUUGCUCCCAAAAGCACCGAAGGUCUUGUUAAGUUUGCAAAAAACUUUUUCAAUGGUCUACCAGAAACGACAGCCAUCUGCAUUAGCGUGCUUGGAGGCACACUGUGUAAAUUGUUGCAUGAGUUGAUGAAAGGCCCCCAUGUUUGUGGGUGGCUGCUCUUGUCACGGUUGAGCUCAAAGAGUCAGCAGCCUUUAGCUCUACUUGUGCCAAUUUAUUCUCCACUUGAAGAAGCAGGUGGGAUUCGAAAGAUGGGUAAACGAUGGAAGUUUCCAUGGGGUUCCACAGUGGUGGAUGUUGUCGCCCCAUCGUUUAGAUUAAUAUUGGAGAACUACCUUAUUGGUUAUGAGGAUCCUAAGAAGAUGAGGCUGACGAGUGAGGAACUUGAACUUCUAUUUGCUAAAUUGCCAAGAAACCUUGAAGAGUUGUGGUUGGGUCCCUGGAAGCAUCUGCUUUUGGGAGAAUAUUCAAACAGUAAAUUGCAUGAGACAAGGCAAAAGAAGCUGGUUAAGGAGCUCAGGUCCAAAUGUAAGAUGGAAGUAAAUGAGACACUUCUAAAGGUUUUCCUUGGAAAUGACACAGACGUUGAUUCAUGGAUGUGGAUAUCUCAGCUUUGUUCAAAGAAUGGUUGCUACGUAGGAGGUCGUCCAAGUGACUAUAUUGAUGAAGAAGAAAAUGGAACCAGUGUAUCUUAUAACGACCUUCAAAGUAGGUACCAGACAGCCCUAAAACUGAUACAGGAAUCAGGAAUGAAGCUAGAGCAUUGUAACGAAGAAAGAGAACCGAUCAUUCUUGUGGUGGAUCGUGAGAUUCAGAUGCUUCCAUGGGAGAAUAUUCCAAUAUUGAGGAAACGAGAAGUAUACCGCAUGCCUUCUGUGGGUAGUAUAUCAGCAGUGCUUAAGAAAAGCUGUUACCGAGAAGAUCCUUCUCCCUUCCCUGUGAUUGAUCCUAGAAAUUCUUAUUAUCUAUUAAAUCUUGAUGGUAAAUGCCAAGAACUGCAAACCGCGCUUGAAGGAUUGUUCGAGACUGAGGGAAUCGAGGGAAAAGCUGGAGCUGGAUCAAAGCCACUUGAUAAGGAGCUAAAGGAUGCGUUGGAAAAUCAUGAUCUUUUACUAUAUUUUGGGCAUGGUGCUGGAGAACAACAUAUUCCCAUGGAGAAAGUAGCAAAUAUGGGCAACAAAUGUUCUGCAGCUUUUCUUAUGGGAUGCAACAGUGGUUUGUCAUAUAAAGGAGGCAGAUAUGUACCAAAAAGGCCUUGGUUAUGUUUCCUGCUAGCCGGUUCCCCUGUCAUUGUGGCAACCUUGUGGGAGAUAACAUUUGAUAUUACCAAGUUUGUGAAAGCAAUGUUGGAAAGUUGCUGGAGAGAGAGGAGUGAUGAUGUUAAACCAGAGAGAAUUGGUUUGCUCAUGGCUGAUGCACGUAAUGCCUGCACUCAGAAGUUCUUGACAGGGGCUUCCCUUGUGUGUUAUGGUGUCCCAACUGCUAUCAGAACAAAGAGGAAGAAAAAGACUUGA